CCUUCUCUGUUCUGUCCGUUACACCGAAACCAAUUACCAGUCUCAAUCAAAUUGACCCUUUAAAUUCCUCAAAAUUACAAACUAACCACUUUUCUUCUUCUUCUUCUUCCUCUUCCAAUGGAGAACCAUAACAACAACGACACCGGUUCGGUUCAAUCUCAGCGACCCGAUUCAUUUGGUCGGUUUGGGCGGUUUGGAGGCAAGUAUGUCCCUGAAACUCUCAUCCAUGCUCUCACUGAGUUAGAAGCUGCAUUCCAUUCUCUAGCUUCCGAUGAAGAUUUUCAGAAAGAGCUGGCUGGGGUUCUAAAGGACUAUGUAGGUAGGGAGAGCCCUCUUUACUUUGCUGAGAGGCUGACAGAGCACUACAAGCGUGGUAACGGUGAAGGGCCACACGUGUAUCUUAAGAGAGAGGAUCUCAACCACACUGGUGCUCACAAGAUUAAUAACGCUGUUGCUCAGGCUUUGCUUGCCAAAAAGUUGGGGAAGAAGAGGGUUAUUGCUGAGACUGGUGCUGGCCAGCAUGGAGUUGCCACCGCCACCGUGUGCGCUCGAUUUGGGUUGGAAUGCGUUGUUUAUAUGGGUGCACUAGAUAUGGAAAGACAGGCCCUUAAUGUGUUCAGAAUGCGCCUUCUUGGUGCUGAGGUGAGAGCUGUACAUGCAGGAACUGCUACGCUGAAAGACGCUACAUCGGAAGCUAUAAGGGAUUGGGUGACUAAUGUGGAGACUACACAUUACAUUUUGGGUUCGGUUUGUGGGCCACAUCCAUAUCCUAUGAUGGUAAGAGAGUUUCAUGCAGUGAUAGGGAAAGAAACAAGAAAGCAAGCAUUGGAAAAAUGGGGAGGGAAGCCAGAUAUUCUAGUAGCAUGUGUUGGCGGUGGUUCAAAUGCCAUUGGUCUUUUCCAUGAAUUUAUUGAUGACAAAGAUGUUAGGUUGAUUGGAGUGGAGGCUUCUGGGUUAGGCCUUGAAAGUGGCAAGCACGCCGCUACAUUAACGAAGGGAGAAGUUGGAGUUUUGCAUGGAGCAAUGAGCUAUCUUUUGCAGGAUGAUGAUGGGCAAAUAAUUGAACCUCAUUCUAUCAGUGCAGGGUUGGACUAUCCAGGGGUUGGACCAGAGCAUAGUUUCUUGAAAGAUGCAGGGCGUGCUGAAUACUACAGUGUUACAGACGAAGAAGCACUCGAAGCUUUUAAAAGAGUAUCCCAGUUGGAAGGCAUAAUUCCAGCUUUGGAAACAUCACAUGCUCUUGCUUAUUUAGAGAAACUCUGCCCUACCCUUCCAAAUGGAACUAAGGUUGUGGUUAACUGCAGUGGCAGAGGGGAUAAGGAUGUUCAAACUGCUAUGAAAUACUUGAAAAUUUGAAAGUACAUGAUUCAGUCUCCAACAUAGUUGAACAGUUCAGCUCUUGAUUGACCUAUUUUCUUUUCUUAUUGAGAUUGAUGUGAAGUUGACUUAGUUUGAGGAGGAUCACUUGUGAAAGAAUUCUUCUGGGAAGAGUUUAGUUUUUGGAAACCAAUAUAUGCCUAGGAAUUUUCUAAAUGUUGUUACAAUUAUUACAGGGCAUCAAAGGAUACUGUCAUUGUUUGAUUUGAAGAAUAAAAUAGCUCAUGUAAAAUUAUGUAUCAUAUAUAAAUAAGAGAUAUUCGUUUUGACAGAAUGAAGCAUUGUCUACCUA